AUGGAGGUGAAAGAGAGUGAAAGAGCGGUAAUAUCAAAACCGGUAGCCUCAAGGCCUUCAUUCUCUAGCUUCAGGACAUUCAAUGAGCUUCUGACUGAUUCAGUUAACGUAUCUCCACAAUCGAAUUGCCACGAGGUUGUAGACGCUGCUGUAAGACCAAAGACUUUAAGGUUCCAACCGCCCGUUGCAGCUACGGUCUCAAAUCCGCGGGGUGAAGGAAAUGGCACUGGAAAGUCUUGUGAUGAUACAGAUAGUAGAAACUACGUCGUUUAUAAACCAAAAGCAAAGCUUGUCUCCAAAGCAACCGUCUCUGUAUUGGCUAAUAUGCUUCAGGGGAGUCGUCAACAGACUUGGAGACAAACCGAAACAGUAGCGUAUGGGAAGAGUGUAAGCCAAGCUACGCAUAGAGCGGGUCCUAAAGUUCCGUCCUUUACGGAAUCAGAGACAUCGAUUGUGGAUAGAUCAUCCGUGGACGGAUACAACUGGAGGAAAUACGGACAAAAGCAAGUUAAAGGAAGUGAGUGUCCAAGGAGUUACUACAAAUGCACACACCCGAAAUGUCCGGUUAAGAAGAAAGUAGAGAGGUCAUUGGAAGGUCAGGUUUCAGAGAUUGUGUAUCAAGGUGAGCAUAAUCACUCAAAACCGUCUUGUCCUCUUCCGAGGCGCGCUUCGUCAUCAUCGUCUUCAGGGUUUCAGAAACCACCAAAAGCGAUCACUUCUGAAGGGUCAAUGGGACAACAAGACCCUAAUAAUCUCUAUCAUCAUCCUCUUUGGAGCAGUCAAAGCAAUGACCUGUCUAGAAACAGAACAGAGAAUAUGAAUGAAGGUUGUGUUAUAACUCCAUUCGAGUUCGCUGUUCCUAGAUCCACGAAUUCAACUGGCGGAACAUCGGAUUCCGGUUGCAGAAGUAGCCAGUGUGAUGAAGGAAGCAUUGGAGGAGAGCUUGAUGAUCCAAGCAGAAGCAAAAGAAGGAAGAGCGAGAAGCAAUCAAGCGAAGCAGGAGUAUCUCAAGGUUCGGUAGAAUCAGACAGUCUUGAAGAUGGAUUCAGGUGGAGAAAGUAUGGACAAAAAGUGGUUGGAGGAAAUACGUAUCCUCGAAGUUAUUACCGAUGCACGAGCGCGAAUUGCAGAGCAAGGAAACACGUCGAAAGAGCGAGUGAUGAUCCAAGGGCUUUCAUUACAACCUACGAAGGUAAACACAAUCACCAUUUGCUCUUCAGGCCUCCAACUUGUUCUACUACUAGUAGUAUUCCAUUUAAUUCCCCACAACAUUCUAAGUAA